AUGGAAACAAAUAACCAGACGUGGGUGAAUGAAUUUAUUCUCCUGGGGCUGUCUAGUAACUGGGGUACCCAGGUCUUGCUCUUUGUCCUGUUUCUGUCCAUGUACCUUUUGACUCUGCUGGGAAACUUUCUUAUAAUCCUCCUAAUCAGGCUGGACACUCACCUCCACACCCCCAUGUACUUCUUCCUCAGCAAUCUCUCCCUUGUUGAUGUCUCUUAUGCUACCAGUAUUGUACCUCAGCUGUUGACCCACUUUUUGCAAGAGCAGAAAUCAAUUCCAUAUGUGAGUUGUGCAGCACAGUUAUAUUUCUCUCUAGCCAUGGGUGGGACUGAAUUUCUGUUGUUGGCAGUGAUGUCUUAUGACCGCUAUGUGGCAGUGUGUGACCCCCUGCGCUACUCAGCCAUCAUGCAUGGAGGGUUAUGUGCCAGACUGAUGGCUGCCUCUUGGGUUGGUGGUUCCCUUAACUCUGUCAUGCAUACAGUUUUUACCUUUCAGUUGCCUAUGUGCACAAACAAUGUCAUUGACCAUAUAGCAUGUGAAAUUUUAGCCUUGGUUAGGCUUGCCUGUGUGGAUGCUUCCUCCAAUGAAGUCGCAAUUACUGUCUCCAGCAUUAUCCUGCUCAUGACCCCAUUCUGCCUUGUUCUGCUGUCCUAUAUCCAGAUCAUCACCACUAUCCUGAAGAUCCAGUCAACAGAGGGAAGGAAGAAAGCAUUUCAUACCUGUGCCUCUCACCUGACAGUGGUAGCUUUGUGCUAUGGAAUGGCAAUCUUCAUUUACAUUCAGCCUCAUUCAAGCCCUAAUAUUCUUCAGGAGAAGAUGAUCACACUGUUCUAUGCCCUUUUAACACCAAUGUUGAAUCCUAUGAUUUAUAGUCUGAGGAAUAAGGAAGUAAAGGGGGCCUGGCAGAAAUUGCUAGGACAAUUUUCUGAAUUAAAGUCAAAGCUAACAUCCUUGUGA